AUUUUUACUUUUAUAGAAAUUUAAAAUUCUUUGUUUCAUUGUUUAAAAUGAUAAACAUAAAACUACUGGAAUUAUUAUUAUGAUAAAAUUUGUUUAUUUUUGAAUUUCCAUCGAUAACCGCAACCGUCGCAAAAGUUAUUAAACUUUUUCAAGAAAAUUAUUUACGAACGUUUGUUAUUUAAUUUUAUUAUAACGGUGGUUUAUGUGUCAUCGAUCAUAGAAAAAAAUUUGAUGUGAAUAUACAAGAAAGAAAAAAAAGGUGCAAGUGGGUGAAUUGUACCAAAUAAAAAAAUUAUAAUUGUGUACUUAAGUGAUCCUAUCAAUCACUAAAUAUUUAAUACAAAUGCGAAACAUGAUUAAAUGGAAUUUCAUUCAACAGGAAAUUUUUCCUGAUACCAUCUCCGAAGUUCGUGUUGAUGCAUCAUUUCGAAAACUCCCCAGAAAAGCUAUAUGUUUUCACAUAUGGAAAAUAGAAGAAGACCGCUUAGAAGUUGUGCCAAGAGAAAAUUUUGGCAGUUUCUACGAUGAUUGUUGUUACAUUAUUUAUGCAGCAUGUCCAGUUGGAACUUAUGUCAAUCAAGAUACAAUUUCAAGAGAAGCCAAAAACAAUAAUACACCUCUGGAAAGAUUCAUUCACUUUUGGCUUGGUGAAAAGGUCACUCAACAGAAAAAAGCAAAUGUUGCACAUAAGGUCAUGGAAUUGGAUACAUAUUUUGGUAAUGUUGCAACUGAAUAUCGAGAAUCUCAGGAUAAUGAGAGUGUACGAUUUAUGUCGUAUUUUAAACGAGGAAUUACAAUUUAUUCCGGAGCCCUUGCAUCAUCAACCGAUACCUGCCGCAUCUUUCAAAUUCGAGGCCGUCAAUGGCUAAGUUGUGUCGAAAUGGAAACCAUAAGUUGGCAUCACUUUAGCAGUGAAUACAUCAUGAUUUUGAAUACUGGCAAACAGACAUUCAUAUGGAUUGGUCGGUCAAGUAAUGUCGGCGAUCGACGAGAAGCUUUAGAAAUUGCCAAACGAUUUAGAAAUACAACUUCUUCCAGUGAAAUAAUCAUUGUUGACGAUGGUUAUGAGCAGGCAAUGAAAGAAGAAGACAAACAAACCUGGAAUACACUCUUGCCACGCAAUAAUCGGGUUGUUAAUCAGGGUAUUCAAAUUGACAAGCCAUAUAGCAGUUCGUUUAAAUUGUAUAAAUGCGGUUACAAGGGUACAAAGUAUUGGAUUGAUCAGGUUACAUCAACGCUGCCAAGUCAAAAUGAUCUCAAUGAUUCGAAAGCUGUUUAUAUUUUAAAUGGAUUCUCGUUGGGUGUUUGGAUGUGGAUUGGAAAGAAUGUGCCGAAUGUUGAGAAUAUUGAAGCCAUUCGAAAUGGUAGGGGAUUUAUUAAAAAGAAAAAGUAUCCAUCAUCAACUCUUCUCAUUCGUGUUAUCGAAGGACACGAACCCAUCGAAUUUACACAUCUUUUCCCCAGCUGGGAAGAUAGAGAAGCUAAAACAACACAAAUUCUAGGCAAAUUCGAUACCCUCAGUCUAUCCCAACGACCUAAGAUGGCAGCUGAAAAUCAACUCAUCGACGAUGGUACUGGGGAAAAACAUGUCUAUCAAUCAUCUGAGGAUUGUCUAAGUGAAAUUGCUCUAAGAAAAUCAGCAGCGAUUUUUCGAUCAAAUUGUUGUUAUAUUGUUCAAUAUACAGUUGCAUUUUGUGGAACACAAGAUGUGGGAAUCAAUAAUAUCAUUUACAUGUGGAUUGGUAAAUCAUCUACACCAGAAACUGCAUCGAAAUGUACAAAAUUCGGCAAAGAACGAUUUCAUAAAUUAGGAGACAAAACUAUGGUAGUGAAGAUGAACGAAGGCGAUGAAACUCCACAUUUUUUACAAAUAUUUUCCGGAAAGUUUGUUAUUCUUAAAGCUGAAAUUGGAGAAAACUUAACCAAUGGCAAUAGCAAUAACAACAACAGUCCCAAGAAACUAUCAAAUUUAGAAAUUUUCAAAAUUCAAGGCGAUUCAUCGUUCACUUCGAAAGCCUUACAAAUUCAUCCAUUGAAUUCACUAACCCCAAAAGAUUGCUAUGUGAUAAGAUGCAGUGUAGGCGUUUGGGUAUGGUGUGGACAAAGUUCGACUGGUGAUGCCCGAGAAGUGGCUAAAAAUAUUGGAUCAAUAUUUGCUGAUGAAUGUACUCUGGUUAUGGAGGGUAAGGAGCCUAAAGAAUUCUGGGAUUCCGUAUCGAAACAAAUAAGCCAAACAGUUCUUGCAACAAGUUCCUCUUUAUUAAAUGAAUUGCCUCAGGCAUCGAUAGGUAUUCCAAUUGACAAAGCAAAAGUUCAUUUGCAUUUGGUUUACAAUUGUCGAGGGAAAUUGAUCACACAAGAAAUUUUGGGAUUUGGCCAAUCGGAUUUGUUGCCAGAGAAUACGUACAUCUUAGAUGCAGGUGCAAUAGCUUUUGUUUGGUGUGGAAAACUAUCAUUCCAAGUGGAUGAAGAAGCUUUCGGAUCGAUAGCACAAGAGUUUCUAGAAACUUCGACAACUCCACGUAGAACAACAACAGCGAUAGCAUUGGUAAGACAGCACAGUGAGCCGAAUAUAUUUACUGGAUUUUUUGAUAUGUGGGAUCGAAAGUUUUGGGAUAAUUUUGUUCCUUAUGAAAAACUACGUCAUGAAAUCACUCGCAAUGGAUUUAGUAAUGGUUUAAAGAAUGUUGAACAUUCACCGAAAAGUGAUAGCGAUUUCGAUCAACACCACAAGUAUCCUCUUGGAGUUUUACAACAAGAAACUCUUUCGUUGCCAAGUGAAGUUAAUCCCCUUAAACGAGAAGUUCAUUUAACACAUGAUGAUUUUGUUGCCUUAUUUGGAAUGCCAUUUAUGGAAUUUGAUAUUCUACCCGGAUGGAGAAAACAAGAACUUAAAAAGAAAUUUAAAUUAUUUUGAUUUGUUUAGAAAACAAAAUUAAAAUCAUGAAGAGUUAAAUUAUGAAAAAAA